AUGAUGUCUUUGGUAUCGCAAAUUGGAUUCGCACACUUCACUCCACCUUCAUCUCUAUCUUCUCCUUCCAUCACCCAUUUCCGCUACAACCCUUGCUCUUCUUCAAUGUCUUCUUCUUCGUGGACACCAUCUGAGAACAAGGAUGGUAGAAAAUCAAAGAAAGUGUGGAUAUGGACAAAGAACAAGCAGGUUAUGACUGCAGCUGUUGAGAGAGGAUGGAACACUUUCAUUUUCCCAUCAAACCUUCCUCAACUCGCCAAUGAUUGGUCAUCCAUUGCUGUAAUCUGUCCUCUUUUUCUUGGUGAGGGAGAGAUUUUGGAUGCACAGAAUAAAAGGGUAGCUACCGUUUUCGACGUCUCGACACCGGAGGAAUUAGAGGGAAUUCGACCCGAGGAUGAGCAGGCUGAGAACAUUGUAGUUAACUUACUAGAUUGGCAGGUAAUACCUGCAGAAAAUAUAAUUGCUGCAUUUCAAAACAGCCAAAAGACUGUGUUUGCCGUCUCCGACAAUACGUCCGAAGCUCAGAUAUUUCUUGAGGCUCUCGAACACGGUUUAGAUGGCAUAGUUUUGAAAGUAGAAGAUGUUGAGCCUGUUCUUGAGCUAAAGGAAUAUUUUGACCGGAGAACAGAAGAAAACAAUGUAUUGAACUUGACAAAAGCCACUGUGACAAACAUUCAAGUGGCUGGAAUGGGGGAUCGCGUUUGUGUCGAUCUCUGCAGUCUCAUGAGGCCCGGUGAAGGACUUCUCGUUGGAUCUUUUGCAAGAGGAUUGUUUCUUGUUCACUCGGAAUGCUUGGAGUCAAAUUACAUCGCAAGCAGACCUUUUCGAGUGAACGCUGUAAGUCGUGCAUUCGAAUAUCAAGCUCAAACUAAACAUAUUCACAACAAUGGAAUGAAGAUGUAUGAUGAAUCCUUUUAA